CCGGUCCACCUGGCUAUGAGGACGCGCUCCUGAACAGGGGAAGCGGCUGCCAUGUCCGAUAUCUGUGCCAAGUAUGCCACCGUGCCCGAGAAGGAGGCGGCGCCCCCGGCCGACGCCCAGCCCUCGGCCCCGGCGGAGGCGAUGCAGCUGAAGAAGGAGAUCUCGCUGCUGAACGGGGUCUGCCUGAUCGUGGGCAACAUGAUCGGCUCCGGCAUCUUCGUCUCGCCCAAGGGGGUGCUGAUGUACAGCGCCUCCUAUGGCCUCUCGCUGGUGGUGUGGGCCGUGGGCGGCCUCUUCUCCAUCUUCGGGGCCCUGUGCUACGCCGAGCUGGGCACCACCAUCACCAAGUCGGGGGCCAGCUACGCCUACAUCCUGGAGGCCUUCGGGGGCUUUGUGGCGUUUAUACGCCUCUGGACGUCGCUGCUGAUCAUCGAGCCCACCAGCCAGGCCAUCAUCGCCAUUACCUUCGCCAACUACAUGGUGCAACCCAUCUUCCCCACCUGCGAACAGCCCUACCUAGCCGCUCGCCUCAUAGCUGCGGCCUGUAUCUGUAUCCUGACCUUCACAAACUGUGCCUAUGUGAAAUGGGGCACCCGCGUCCAGGAUAUAUUUACCUACGCCAAGGUGCUGGCACUGAUCGUGGUUAUCAUCACUGGCAUUGUCAAGCUCAGCAUGGGACAGACGCAAAACUUUGCAGAUUCCUUUGCGGGCUCCUCGUGGAGUGCGGGUGACAUCGCCCUGGCGCUGUACUCUGCCCUCUUCUCCUACUCAGGCUGGGACACGCUCAACUUCGUCACAGAGGAGAUCAAAAACCCCACCAGGAACCUGCCAAUGGCGAUUGGCAUCUCGAUGCCCAUUGUCACCAUCAUCUACAUCUUGACCAAUGUUGCCUAUUACACCGUUCUGGACUUCCACGAGAUUCUGAGCAGCGACGCAGUGGCAGUGACGUUUGCCGACCAGGUCUUUGGGAUCUUUAACUGGACGAUCAUGGUGGCUGUGGCUCUCUCCUGUUUCGGUGGGCUUAAUGCCUCUAUCCUUGCAGCCUCCAGGCUCUUUUUCGUGGGGUCACGGGAAGGUCACCUGCCGGAUGCCCUCAGCAUGAUCCACGUCGAGCGAUUCACGCCAGUGCCGGCCCUUCUCUUCAAUGGCAUCAUGGCCUGUGUGUAUCUCUGCGUUGAAGAUAUCUUUCAGCUCAUCAAUUACUACAGCUUCAGUUAUUGGCUGUUCGUGGGGAUGUCGAUCGCGGGGCAGCUGUAUCUCCGUUGGAAGGAACCAAACCGUCCUCGGCCACUGAAGCUCAGCAUCUUUUUCCCCAUCGUCUUCUGCUUGUGUACCAUCUUCCUGGUGGCUGUGCCCCUCUACAGCGACACCAUCAACUCCCUGAUUGGCAUUGGCAUUGCCCUGUCUGGAGUUCCAUUCUACCUCCUGGGAGUUCACCUGCCUGAACACAAGAGGCCACAGUGUCUACGCACGCUCUUAGCCUCCUUUACAAGGUACACUCAGUUGCUCUGCUACUGCGUCCUGACUGAGAUGGACAUCGAGGAGGAGGAGAAGUUGCAGGAGAGGAAAUCAGACUGAAUUGAAGACCAGGCCAGAUCCUGGGCCAUCGAUUCCUCCCCCUCACCUCCCCCACACUUUGCCCGGUUGUCAUUGGCAACGACUGGAGCGGUGCAGACGAGCGGAGACGUGGCUGAGGCCUGCAGGAUAGGCUUUCAUCCCUGGCCCACCCAAUGGGACGCAGGCGGACUAAAUAAUCACCAAAGACAGAUUUGAAGGCAUUAAAAUUGAUGUUUUAGGAGCCGCGUGCACUGUACGUAGUGAAACUUUUUUACACUGAUGUCCCGUCGAAUGUGCGGGCGGAUACACUGGACGGGCUGUGCCCUCUGACCCCUUCCACCGUGUUCACUGGGCUUGCAGAUGUAGCCAAUGGAAGAGCUGGACACUGGGCGCGUCGCACUUACCCAAUCGGAUUUCUUGACGUU